AUGCUUCCGGCAUAUCGGCAGCGAGAAGAUGUACUUCGUGCUAUCAAUGAUCACAAAGUUGUGUUGAUCACGGGUGGCACUGGUUGUGGAAAGACAACACAGGUGCCACAAUUCUUGCUGGAGCAUGCAUCGGAGAAUAAUCAGCCACUGCGAAUUGUAUGUACUCAACCGCGUCGGCUACCAGCAAUCGCUGUGGCAAAUCGUGUUGCUAGAGAGCGUGGAGAAAGCCUUGGUUCCACUGUCGGCUAUCACAUUCGCCUAGAGCAGAGGACUUCGCCUCAAACUGUCCUCACGUACUGUACAAGUGGUGUUCUGCUGAGAAUGCUAACGCAAGAUGAUGCAGCGCGUGAUAUAUCCCACAUCAUUCUG